GGUAUGCUACACUGAAACUGGCUGUGGGCCAGCUUGCAUGUUCGAUGUCUUUAGCCUUCAUUGUGGUCUGCUUUAGCUGUUUUAGAUCGCCGUAGUCUGCUCUACUUCUAGCAGCCUAUCGAAGUUUCUGAUCGCCUUUCACCUUUGAAGUCAGUAGUCAACUGAAAGUUUGAGCUCUCUUCACGCAUGAGACGUGACGGACAUAGAGCGCAACACAGCCUGCCCUGACCAAAAAAAUAGCCGCCACAACUCCCUCGUGGGUCGAGUGUGCUGGCCGAAGCACCGACGACAGUGGAUGAAAGGGAAUCGUCGUUCAGAGCGCCUUCGCUGAAAACUGCGCAUGCGUGUAUGAUCUUACAAGCCCUGCCCCUCGUCUCUGUGUGUGCAGAUAGUAAUGGCCGAAGCACCGACGACGGGUGGCGAGGUCCUGACUCCAAACGAUGCCGUCAAAGUACUGGAGGAGCUACUACCAGCACAGAACAAGUCCUUCCAACUGGGCCUGAAGCUGAAUCUAGAGCCGCAUCAAGUUGAGGGCAUCCAUUCAACGUACUCCGAGCCAGAGAACCGCCUCCUCCGAGUUGUCAUGCUGUUCCUGAACCAAGUAGAGCCCAGACCAACCUGGAGAGUCAUUGUAGAUGCUCUCAAAAGUCCUGUAGUCAAUCUUCCUCAGCUAGCAGUGGCUGUGGAGGCAGCUCACUUUCCUGACGCUACACCAGCACUCGUGGCCGAAGCCAGUGUCUCUUCCUCUCAGAGUCCAGCCACCUCCUCUCAACCAGGCCUGUCCUCUCUUCUCCAUGGUUCUGGAGCCUCACCACUCACUGAAGUCGACUAUCAACCAGACCUACCACAACCAACAACUGGGGAUACAGUGACUGAACUCCAGCAUCGACCAGAGUCGCCUCAGCCUAGUCCAAUGACCACUCAGUAUGUCCAGGCCAAGAUUAGAAGGUUUGAGAAGAGGUUCAAUGACCUGAAGAAGGCUGCCAGGGGGUGCCUCGAGAAACGCAAGAUUUCUGUCAAGCAAGUCGUUGACGCUCUCACGUCAAUGCCUGCAGAUGACAUUGAGGAACAUGAACUGUUUCUGAAAGACAAUCUGAGCGAUCUCUACCAGUCAACAGAUAUCCCUGAGCUGAUUGGUAAGUUGAGCCUACUGCAGUGGAACUACCUGUCCUACCAGCUGCUGGACUACCUGAUCAAGGAGUUUGGUUUUGAGGUGAGGAGGGAGAUGGAGGCCUACAAGCUAGAUCUGCAGAGGUUCCGCCAGAAGACACCACUAGCUCUGUUCUGCCAGUGCCAAAAGAAGAGGAGAAGGAAGCCGUCUGAGGAAUUCAAGGAGAUGGUCGCUGAGUUUGACUGGCCGCACGAAGUGACACUGGAAGUUGUGGAGCAGUUUCGACAAGAGUAUGCCUAUCACUACAAGCUUCGAGACUGUGCCAUGAUAGUAGCUGAGAUUCGUCCCGGUUCCUUCAUCAUCACCUGGUUCAUACCAGAGUCCAUUGUCAAGAAACUGAGAGAAGACAUCCCUCACCACAUCCUCAAGAAAUAUACUGUCGUUAGCCUUCAAAUUGCAGGAGUCAAGGUUUAUCCACCUCCUCAGAAGUCAGCAGCAGUCUCGUCACCUGGUCCUGGACCUUCAGCUGGUGGUGCCGCUGCUUCUGUUGAGAAAUCACCUCCUCAGUCCAAGACAGAGGAGUCCCGUCUCUCACCAGAAGAGGAUUACCCCUUCGUUGAGAAGCCAUCAGAGGAUUUCUUCUGUCCGGUGACGUUGGGUCUGCUGCUCCAGCCUCACCAGACGUCAUGCUGUGGUAAACAUCUCUCAGAGGAGUCUGCCACCAGAAUACAGAGAGAGGGAGGACCAUGUCCACUCUGCAAGUCUCCUGACUGGAGUACCGUUUUGGACAAACACGUCCGUCGACAAGUCAAAGAACUUCGUGUGUUCUGUCGUCACAAGGAGAAAGGCUGUUGGUGGAAAGGAGAGUUGUCUGACUUUACAAAACAUGUCCAGUCUUGCCGGUUCAGAUAUCUACCAGCCUCUACCCAGGUUUGUACAACCGGAAGUUGCUAUUUUUCCACUAAACCUGUUUCUGUGUGUUUUUAUCCACACUUCUCUCUCCCUAUCUACCAUUGUGUCUCUCCCUCUGCCCAGGGAAGAACAGAGCUCCCACGAUGCUGCUGAGAGAGGAGAUGUGGAGGCAGUUGAGAGACUCCUCUCCACUUCUGUCAAUAUCAACUCCAGGACAGAGGAUGUGAGGCUCUCUACUAGUGAAUGUGUAGUCUCAUUUCUGACUCAGUUCAUUGACUGCUUCUCCACUGGUCUCUGUAUCCCCACCACUUGCAGGAAGGAGACACUGCUCUACUGUUAGCCUCUUGGAAAGGCCAUGUUGAGGUUGUACGUCUGUUGCUCAAGGCUGGGGCUGCUGUCUUCAUUCCUGACAAGGAUGGUCGCAGUCCACUCUUUGUUGCCAGUCACCAGGGACAUUCUGAGGUGGUGGAUGUUCUGGUGAAAGCUGGAGCUGAUAUCAAUCAGGCAGGGACCAAGGUACGUAUGUGAAACAUUCUGAGAGAGUUUGAUAGAUUUACAGU